GACUGCGCAUCUGGAUGUUUUAAACAUACAAAGGAAUUGCUAGAGCAAGCAGAAGGGAAAAGGGUGCUGAGAGUCAGGAUGUGCAGAUAAGCAACUGGUGCACUUUGCAGCUAAAGUAACGGAGAGACAGCGGGGAAGAGCUUUUUCCAGAGAGGAGAGCACGAGUUUAGGCAGAAUGAAGACUCACAUUGGCUGUGCCUUCGUUUUUAAAGUACUGUUCGUCCAAGUAUAUCUUUUGAACAAAACUUUAGCCGCACCAUCACCAAUCAUUAAGUUUCCUGGAGACAGCACUCCCAAAACAGACAAAGAGCUAGCAGUGCAAUACCUGAAUAAAUACUAUGGCUGCCCAAAAGACAGUUGCAAUUUAUUUGUCCUGAAAGAUACUCUGAAGAAAAUGCAGAAAUUUUUUGGGCUGCCUGAAACAGGAGAUCUGGAUCAAAAUACUAUUGAGACAAUGAAGAAACCCCGCUGUGGUAACCCUGAUGUAGCCAAUUACAACUUCUUUGCAAGAAAGCCAAAGUGGGAAAAGAAUCAUAUAACAUACAGGAUUAUAGGCUAUACCCCGGAUCUGGAUCCUGAGACAGUAGAUGAUGCCUUUGCUCGAGCCUUUCAAGUCUGGAGUGAUGUCACACCACUGAGAUUUAACCGAAUACACGAUGGAGAAGCAGACAUUAUGAUUAAUUUUGGCCGAUGGGAACACGGUGAUGGCUAUCCCUUUGAUGGCAAGGAUGGUCUCCUGGCUCAUGCCUUUGCACCAGGGCCAGGAAUUGGAGGAGACUCCCAUUUUGAUGAUGAUGAACUGUGGACUCUUGGGGAGGGACAAGUGGUCAGAGUGAAGUAUGGAAAUGCAGAUGGUGAAUAUUGCAAAUUUCCCUUCUGGUUCAAUGGCAAGGAAUACAACAGCUGCACAGAUGCAGGACGCAGCGAUGGAUUCCUCUGGUGUUCCACAACCAAAGACUUUGAUGCAGAUGGGAAAUAUGGCUUUUGUCCCCAUGAGUCGCUUUUUACAAUGGGUGGCAAUGGUGAUGGGCAGCCAUGCAAAUUUCCCUUCAAAUUCCAAGGGCAGUCGUAUGACCAGUGCACAACAGAAGGCAGGACAGACGGGUACCGAUGGUGCGGAACCACUGAGGACUACGACAGGGAUAAGAAAUACGGAUUCUGUCCAGAGACUGCCAUGUCAACAGUUGGUGGGAAUUCCGAGGGCGCCCCGUGUGUGUUCCCCUUCAUCUUCCUGGGGAACAAGUACGAGUCGUGCACGAGCGCGGGGCGCAACGACGGCAAGCUGUGGUGCGCCUCCACCAGCAGCUACGACGACGACCGCAAGUGGGGCUUCUGUCCAGACCAAGGGUACAGUCUCUUCUUGGUUGCUGCCCAUGAAUUUGGCCAUGCCAUGGGAUUGGAGCACUCUGAGGACCCAGGAGCUCUCAUGGCCCCCAUCUACACCUACACCAAGAACUUUCGACUUUCUCAGGAUGACAUUAAAGGGAUCCAGGAGCUAUACGAGGUGUCCCCUGAUGUCGGACCAGGGCCAGGACCAGGCCCAGGCCCACAGCCAACCCUUGGCCCUGUCACUCCAGAGCUCUGCAAGCAUGACAUUGUGUUCGAUGGAGUCGCACAAAUCAGAGGAGAAACGUUUUUCUUCAAGGAUAGAUUCAUGUGGAGGACUAUAAACCCCCGAGGAAAACCCACAGGUCCUCUUCUUGUUGCUACAUUCUGGCCCGAUCUGCCAGAGAAAAUUGAUGCUGUCUAUGAGGCCCCUCAGGACGAGAAGGCUGUGUUUUUCUCAGGAAAUGAGUACUGGGUUUAUUCAGCCAGCAACUUGGACAGGGGCUAUCCAAAGAAACUCAGCAGCCUGGGACUGCCCCCUGAUGUGCAGCGUGUGGAUGCAGCUUUCAACUGGGGCAGAAACAAGAGGACAUACAUUUUUGCUGGAGACAGAUACUGGAAAUACAAUGAAGAAAAGAAGAAAAUGGAGCUUGCAUCCCCUAAAUUCAUUGCUGACUCUUGGAAUGGUGUUCCAGAUAACCUCGAUGCUGUCCUGGGUCUUGGAGACAGUGGAUAUACCUACUUUUUCAAAGAUCAGUACUAUCUACAAAUGGAAGACAAGAGUUUGAAGAUUGUUAAAAUUGGCAAGAUAAGCUCUGACUGGUUGGGUUGCUGAACCAUAUGAGAUAUCAAUAACCAAAUAUUUACUUUUUUGUUAUAUGCCUUAUCUGUAAUUAGAAAUAGAUCUGAAUGCUAAUUACUGGACCAGUCUGGUACUGGCACCAAAACACUAAGUACCAGUACUGUACACAUCAGAUAAUUUAAGAGUGUUUGCCUCCUCAGUAUACAAAAGAUGUUUACGUAUAUAUUCUGGUACAACUUUUCCAUUGUUGUGCUAGUCAUAGUAGUGCUAUGAACAGAACAGCCAUCAUUCUUUAUUCCCUUGGUGCUUGAACAAAGCCUUGGAACCUUUGGAGACUGGAUCAUGCCCCUCUGUUAUUCACAUACCAGAUAGGCUCAAUGAGAUGUACCAGCAGUGCACUUUGAUUUCUAUUUUUUUUAAAUACAACUCUGUUAUAAAUGGAUGGUUUGUCUUGAUGUUUUUCACCCUCUUACGAGUUUGAUCAUUACUUCCAUUUAUUUACAUAAGAAUACAGAAAGACUGUCAAAGGCACAGGUUGCCUCAGGAUCUGCUUUGUGUUGAUGCAUGAUAGAAUCAUGGCAAAAAAACUGUGUUAAAGUAUUGUUUUAAAGUACUUUUUAUUUUAAUACCUUAGUUAAAUUUAGCAAUUUGCUUCAUGCACUUUGUUACUACUAUAUAACUUGUUUAUAUGGAUGGAAACGACUCAGAUUUUUGAAGACAAUGUGUUAUACAUAAAAGUCAAGUACUGUUUAAUGUCUUUUAUUUUCCUGUUCCUUAUAAUAUCAGGAGGUUUGUUCAAUUAGGCUUUUUGCCUAUGCAUUGGGCAGCAGAAAAUGUUAUUUUCACAACCUGAUAGAAUGUUUGUCAUUAAAAAAUAAACCAGAAAAAAAUGUCCCACACAUGAAGUGCCAACAAUACCAAUAAAAUCAAAUUACACUGUCAACACUACUCAUGGCCAGGCUCCCUUGUAUCACUUGAAAUUAUAAAUUCAGUAGCAUGUUUCAGUGCAUUACCUGUCAAAGAAA